CCCGCCCGCCGCCGGCACCGGCCGCGCGUUGGUGACACCGGAGGCCCCGCGGGGAGGCCGCGAGCCGCCGCCGCCGCCCCUCCCUCGAAGAUGCCGGACCGCGACGGCCGCGACGGCUACGCCAACGGGGGCAGCGGGGACGAGGCGGGCGCCGGCGCCGACGACAUCUGCCGCGACUUCCUGCGCAACGUCUGCAAGAGAGGGAAACGCUGCCGCUUCCGCCACCCCGACAUCUCCGAGGUCACCAACCUGGGCGUGCGCAAGAACGAGUUCAUCUUCUGCCACGACUUUCAGAACAAGGAGUGCGUGCGCCUCAACUGCCGCUUCAUCCACGGCACCAAGGAGGACGAGGACUGCUACAAGAAAACGGGCGAGCUGCCGCCGCGCCUGCGCCAGAAAGUGGCCGCCGGGCUGGGGCUGUCGCCCGCCGACCUCCCCAACAGCAAGGAGGAGGUGCCGAUCUGCCGGGACUUCCUCAAGGGCGAUUGCCAGCGCGGAGCCAAGUGCAAGUUCCAGCACCUGCAGCGGGACUACGAGUACGAGGCGCGGGGCCGCGAGCAGGGGCUGGGCCCCGGCGGGCGCCGGUACGAGCCCUACGACGGCCUCUACGACCCCGACGAGCCCGUGUUGAAGCGGCGGCGGGCGGAGGGGCUCUACGAGAGCUACGAGUACGGCUUUGCCAGCCCGCGGGCCGUGGAGUACCGGCUGCUGGAGGAGGAGAACGUGCUGCUGCGGAAACGCGUGGAGGACCUCAAGAAGCAGGUGAACAACCUGCUGGCCACCAACGAGGUGCUGCUGGAGCAGAACGCGCAGUUCCGCAACCAGGCCAAGGUGAUGACGCUCAGCUCCACGGCCACGGCCACCGAGCAGACUCUGGCGCCCACGGUGGGGACGGUCACCAACUACAACCACAGCAUCGCUCAGACGCACACCACGCUCAGCAGCCAGGCCCUGCAGCCCCGCCCCGUCACCCAGCAGGAUUUGGUGGCCCCGGCCGGAGCCCAGGCGGCCCCUCCGGCCAACGCCGCGCCCCCCAUGAACCCCGAGAUCGCGCCUUUGUCGGCGGCCCUGGCUCAGACCAUCGCCCAGGGCAUGGCCCCGCCGCCCGUGUCCAUGGCACCCGUGGCCGUGUCGGUGGCGCCGGUGGCCGUGUCCAUGGCGCAGCCGCUCGGUGGCAUCACCAUGAGCCACGCCACCACGCCCAUGGUCACCUACCCCAUCGCCUCGCAGAGCAUGAGGAUAACGGCCAUGCCGCACUGACCCCCCCACACCGGGGGAACCGCCGGGACCCUCCUCUGCCGAACUGAGCCCAGGGCACGGCGGGACUGGGACGGACACACGGACACUGUGGGUGCUGGGUGUGAAACCCCCUCCCGGUGCCGGGGGUGGGGAUCGUGGGUGCUCCCCUCCCAGAGCCCCGUGGAUGAACUGAGCGCCGGGGCUGAGUCCCGGGGUUGGCACCGGGACUCCCCAUGCCCUGUAAUGUUUUCAGCUAUUAAAACAAAAGAAAA